AUGCCUUCUGCCGGUGUGAACGUGUGGAAAGAAAUCAUACUGCUUUUCUGUAUUUUUUUUUUCUCCUCUCAUGUCUAUAUCAAGGAAUCUCUGUCCAGGCUGUUCUUUAGCUGUGGGCAUGUUCAGUCUGUGGACAUCUGUGAUAAGCCAGAAGUAGCAGAGAAAACAGACACACUCAAGUCCAAGUUCUUCAACCCCAAAACAACAAAGGGUUUCCGAGUAGCAUAUGUGGUGUUCAGGAGCCCAGCUGGUGUCCAGGCAGCCAAGGCCCUGGCGCAGAGAGGUCCCUUGCUGAUAUCAACAGAGAGUCAUCCUGUGAAAACUGGCAUUAGCAAGUGGAUCGCCAGCUACGCGGCCUCGGUGGUGGAUCGUGAAGAGCUGAAGGCUGAGGUGGAUGCCUUCAUGCAAGACUAUGACAAACAGAUAGCAGAGGAAGAAGCCAAAGCGGCAGAGGAGGAGGGCGUUCCGGAUGAGGAGGGCUGGGUGAAGGUGACACGCAAGGGCCGGAAGCCUGGCCUGCCCCGGACGGAGGCUGCCAACCUGCGUGUGCUGGAGAGGGAGAGGCGGAAAAGGGCCCGCAAAGAGCUGCUCAACUUCUAUGCCUGGCAGCACCGUGAGACCAAGAGGGAACACAUUGCCCAGCUGCGGAAGAAGUUUGAGGAGGACAAGCAGAGAAUUGCGCUGAUGCGAGCCCAGCGCAAGUUCCGGCCGUACUGAGCCGUGCUGGAGCGUUUCCUCGGCUGCUUGUGCUGGACAGGGAGGGACAGGCGUGUAUGGAUCCCAUGUGCCAAAGGGUUUCAAAGAACUGAAGCAGCUUCAGGUUGUUCCUGCCAUCGGAUCUGAGGUGGG